AUGAAUCAAGAAGGAGUCAAAGAGGAACUUCCCAAGCCAUGGGAAUUGACAAAGUACGUUGACACAGAUCUUGAAGACGAGGAUGCUCCAAAGAAUUUUGGUGGACCAUUACCUUCUUUCAAAUGGCUAUGUGAAGGUUUGUUUGACAAACUUGAUAAGGCAUUUCAAAAAUCAAACUAUUACACCAAUGGCAGACAGACUGUUACUGAGCAGAAACAGAGGAUAGUUGAUCUGUUUUUCCAAGAGUGGAGAAGUACGGUUGGUCCAAAUAUUUAUCCAGCACUAUGUCUAAUACUUCCUCAUAGAGAUAGAUCAAGAAUUUACAACAUCAAGGAUUACACACUAGGAAGGAGAAUCUUAGAAGUCUUGAAAAUACCCAAGAACUCAGACAGUACCACAGUAAUAAUGAAUUGGAAAAGAUCAAGAAAUGCAAAGGGCGCAAGAAUGUCAGAGAUUUGCAUAGAUGUGAUCAAAGCUAGACGAACAGAUAAUAAAGGUGGUAAGAUUUCAAUUGGAGAAUUAAAUCAAAUUUUGGACAAGCUAGCAAGAUUUGAUUCCAAAAGAGAAGAACAGAUAGAAAUUUUAUCAUAUUUGAUUGAAAACAUGUCAUUUUUGGAACUUCAGUAUUUCUUUGAUAUACUUUUGAAGAAAAAUGUUGUUAGAAAUAUGGAGAAUCGUAUUUUGAAUUCAUGGCACCCAGAUGCCCAACAAUAUUUGAGUGUUGUUACAAGUUUGAAAACUGUGGCAUAUAAGCUCUAUGAUCCAUCUAAAAGAUUGAAUGAGCAUGAUCUUUCCAUCAAUAUUGGUAAACCAUUUGCUCCACAAUUAUCUUUGAAACCACAUCUGACUUAUGCAAAGGUUGUUCAGAAAUUGAAUAAUGAUUUUUUCAUUGAAGAAAAGAUGGAUGGUGAAAGAAUACAAAUUCAUUAUGAGGACUAUGGUAAAGUUGUACAUUAUUGGAGUAGAAAAGCUACAGAUUAUACAUACUUGUAUGGUGAGAGUUUGGAAAAGGGUUGUAUUUCUCCUCACCUCAAAUUUGUGAAAGCUGUGAAAAAUUGUGUUUUAGAUGGUGAAAUGAUCACAUAUGAUCCUCAAAGAAAUGCAAUUCUGCCUUUUGGUGUUCUUAAAGGGAGUGCCGUCACUGAGUUACAAAGACUCGAUAAGGGUGAGAUUGAAGAGUUGUCGGCCAGACCACUAAUGAUGGUGUUUGAUUUAUUGUAUUUGAAUGGAAGAUCAUUGGCAAGAGUUCCGUUAGAAGAGCGUAAGAAAUGGUUAAGUCAAAUAUUGAGUCCAACUCCCAAAUUUGUUGAGAUAAUUCAAGUUUCAAAGGCUGAUAAUGAAGAAGCUAUCAAAAGGGCUCUUACACAAGCUAUAGAGAGAGGGUCAGAAGGUGUUGUCUUGAAGCAGACUCGCUCACUUUAUCAAAUUGAUAAACGUACCGACCAAUGGGUGAAGAUCAAACCUGAAUAUUUAGAAGAGUUUGGUGAAAACGUUGACCUUGUGGUUAUUGGAAGGGAGAGAAGUAAAAAAGAUAUGUAUUUUUGUGGGUUAAGGAUAACUGAUGAUGAUAAUGAAGAUGAGAAGAGUCCAAAAUUUCAUAGUUUUUGUCGGGUUGCCAAUGGUUUUGAUAAAAAUGAAUAUAGGGAGAUUGAAAGAAUAACUAAAGGUAAAUGGAAAGAUUAUUCAAAAGUGAAACCACCAACCUCGUUGCUAGAGUUCGGGAAAAGAGAACCACAAGAAUGGAUUGACCCAAGAGAAUCAUUUGUUAUUGAAGUAAAGGCUAGAUCAAUCGAUCGUUCUAUUUCAAAAAACUACAAAACAUCAACAACUUUAUACAAUGCUUAUAACCGGAAGAUUAGAGAUGAUAAGGAUUGGACGACAGCAGCAACUCUUGAUGAGUAUAAAGCUAUCAAAGAAUCACGUACUUCAGUGAAUACAACUGAGCAAAAACUUGUUACAAAGAAGAAACGUUUAAUAAGGAAAAGAAAAAGAGAGAGUCAAGAUGAAGAAGUUUGGAAUGAUCAAGAUUAUUUGAAAAUCAGCAAAAACUCAAAUAUUUUCGGUGAUUUGACUUUUAUGAUACUAUCGGAUGCUUUUUACAAAAAUGUUCGAAUCUCUAUAAAUGAUUUGACAGAGCUUGUUCAUAAGAAUGGUGGAAAGAUCACCAAAAAUGAAACCAAAGUUCCAGAUUUACAUAACCUACGGGUAAUUAGUGACAAGUUCACCAUCCAAGCUGAUGCUUUGAGCUCAAAAGGAUUUGACGUUUUGAAAUCUUCUUGGUUUUUCAAAUGUAUUGAACUGGGUGUUAUCUUGAGAGUUGAACCAAAAUAUUGUUUUAAAGUUUCUGAAAACCUGAAGUCCAAAGUGGAAACAAGAGUUGAUUCAUUAGGUGAUAGUUUUUCAGUUCCAGUUACUGAAGAUGAAUUGAUAAAAAUCUUUGAAGAUAAUAAAAAUGUUGUUCAUGAGAAAUCUGAGAUUGAUGAACAACUAAUGGAAAUUCCACUAUUUGGUGGGUUGAAAGUGUAUGUCUCUGAGCUCGAAGACUCCUCAACCCAUUAUUUGUAUCAACAAGCCAUCACAAAGUUGAAACUUUUUGGAGCAAAAAUAACAGAUGAGCUUGAAGACUGUAACUUAGUUGUUAUUCCUGAGUAUAUUGAGCAUGAAUUGGUUUCCAAUGUCGCUAAAGAUAUAAGGAAAAAGUUGAGUUCAUUGUUGAAGUACACUGAGAGUUCAGUCACAAUAGCAAGAAUAGUUAAUGAUAAAUGGGUAAGUGCUUCCAUACAGCAAAAAACACAAGUGGAUGCAAAGGACUAUCCAGUGAUAGCUAGCAGAGACUAA